AUGGAUGGCCUUCAAACAUUGGUUCACAAGGAGAUCAUCGACACGUUUGAAAUUGCCAAGUUAGCCUAUCAACCGUUUUCGGAGAUCGACCAUUUGUUUUCUACAAAUCACAGUGUAGAUCUAAAACAAAUCUGGAACAUCAUAGACAAAGAAGGUAUUACACAUUCAGUUAUUUAUAACAAAAGUGAGGAACAUCCAAUUGUUCUAAGUGGUUGGUGGGAGCUACAAAAUUAUUAUUCACUACUAGAUGAUGUGUCAGUGGUUGUUGCUUAUUACGGGAACAACGUGUUUGAGGUUGUCGGGUUUAAAGAGUUAACUACAUCUCAAGAAUUACCUAAGUCUCACAGCCGAUUUAUCUACAACGAAGGGAUAUUUGUUUUUGAUGUUGAUAUAACACCAAUGAAAAUAUUGCGUGAUGAUUUUGCACAAGUUUUGAGAGACCACAACUAUGAGGUUCUGGAACUUUGCGGUGUCAACAGAAUGUUUUACAAGUCAAUCCUGUUCGUACCCGAAGACAUGAUUAUAUUCAGAUUGGAUGUAACUUACUCCAACAAAAAAUGCCACGUAUAUAAGGACUGA